AUGAACGCCACCUUCCUGAACCACAGCGGCUUGGAGGAGGUGGGCGGCGGUGGCGCCGGGGCCGCCCUGGGAAACCGCAGCCACGGGCUGGCCACGUGGCUGGGCUGCUGCCCCGGGGGCGCGCCGCUGACCGCCGGCGACGGGGUGCCCGCGGGGCUGGCGUCGGACGAGCGCAGCCUGUGGGUGUCGCGCGUGGCGCAGAUCGCCGUGCUCUGCGUGCUGUCGCUCACCGUGGUCUUCGGCGUCUUCUUCCUGGGCUGCAACCUGCUCAUCAAGUCCGAGAGUAUGAUCAACUUUCUGGCGCAGGAGCGCCGGCCCUCCAGGGACGUGGGCGCCGCCAUCCUGGGGCUGUACUGA